AUGGACAAGUGGAGUGGGAUUCUGAGGUUGACGUGCCAGCUGCUGGCGAUCAUCACGCUCGCUUCGAGCGCCGUCGCCUUCAUCUUCAUCAUUCACUUCGACCACUGGGUACGCGUCGUCGUAACAGGUUGUUUCCCGCUGAUCCAUUCAUUUUUUCUUCAACUUGUUAUUUUGCAGUUUUUAUUGUGCUUCUGGCAACCAUUGCCAUCGUGACAGUUCUCUACUACGCCUUCGACAAAAAACAACGGCCGCCAAUGCCAACACUCAGCCAAGUGGACUUGCAGCGGAUCUCGUAUGACUUCACGCGUUUCCCGCCAGAUCAGCGAAGACCUCCAGUCAGCUCAUGUAAGUUUUUUUAUACCAAGAAAUUAUCAUUAUACUCAAAAACUGAACAUCUGAGUGGAUAGUUGAUCAAAGGAGGUUGGAGGAUUUUUCUUGUAGAUAAAUUUCUGGAUAGGAACCCACCAAAAAUCCUGAAAAAAAUAUCAGUAGAAAAGCUACUAAGAAAGUUUAGCUAUGCAUAUAACCGCAUUAAUCUUUUCGAAAAUAAAUUUUCUCUUAACCAAUUUUCGGAUUCAAAAGAAUUCCACGAUUAUUAUUCAAUGAAAUGCGAAAGCUGGUCAGAACACAGCCGCGCACAGUUAAUUAUGUGAGCAUGUCAUUGCACAAAGCGAAGCAUUCAGAGUAAGUUAUUUUAAAACCUACACUGCGCGUCAUAGUUAUAGACGCACCCCUAUUUUUGCAGUUUUCGAAAGAUAAGUUGAACUUGUUGCUAUCAAACCUAAUUUAUGAUGGGCCUUAGAUCAAAUGCCUAACAUUGGAAAGAGAACUACAAAAGACUCGGAUCAAAAAAUUUUCGAAAUCCGUCAAAAAUAGUUUUUUGACCGGGUCAUAAUUAUAGACGCACCCUGGAUCAGGGCUCAUUUUUUAAUUUUCUUGGAGUUCUUCGAAACACUUAGACGAAGUAUUACGGUGAACAUAUUUCCUGCUAUUCCAAACCAAUUUUCGAAUGAUUACUUGUAACGCAACCCUCCUAUUAACGAAUUAUUGAAAAACUUUAUGAGUACGUCUACUGAGAAGUGAGAAAGGGGCGACUGUCCCAUGGCAACAUCUUCGAAGCACGCAACACGACGCUCUGACGUGUCUUGAUAUAUGACGUAUAUCGAGUACCAGAUGCGAGAGCAGACAAUGCACCAAGGAACGACCUCCACAAGGAUUCCCGACGAGGAUGCUCGGCAGCUGCCUUUGGCGCUUCCAUUGUUCCAGGCGCCAUGCCUUUUUGUUCCGAUUCAUUUUGACAGAUGAUUCCAUAAUGACCUUCAAAAAUGGCAUUCUGCGAGAAAGGAGUUUCAGAUUUUGAAAUUUCAUCAAGUUUAGUUUUAAAAUUUUUGAAGAUUAUCAAAUUCUGAUAUUAUUGAAACAGUAAUCAAUGAACAGAAAGAAAAAAAAAGUUCGAAAAUUGCAUUAAUCAAAACUUUCUUUUAAAACCGCUAUGAUAGGUAAUUACUAUAGAAACUUACAAAGGAAAGUUUCAAUUUUUUUGGAUGGUGAGAAUUUAUAAACUGAGAAGGGCGUUUUUUUCGAAUAAAACCCUGUAAAUCUGCCAACCUGAGCAAUUUUUAAUUUUUCAAUAAGGUCACUCAAAUUAGGGAAAGUCGCAAACUUGCUAUCGACCACGCAAAUUUUCAAGCCGCUGAAAAAUUCUCUCUCAAUUUUUUCAGCGAGACUUCAUUUUGUGAAUUUUGACAACCUAUUCUUAUCGAAAUAAAUUUCUCAUAUUCAUAAUUUAAAGUCGAAUGUCAUGACCUCGGUCCGGCAGCUGCCAUCAACCCUUCUAUUGUUGGUUUUCCACACUUUUUCGUCGGACACUAACACGAAUCCUUGACGAAUCUGCCGCCUUUUUGUCACCCAUCCUUGCAAUUUUAGACCACGGAAGUGGUUUCGAGCGUGAGAAGAUCUUGACAAGAUCGCAGAAAAGCUCUAAUUGGCGCCUUCUUCUGAGUCUUCAGUUGGAAACCUCCUGGAAGACUGGGAAAAAGCUCAUUUUGAUUCGGAAUGGACUCUCAUUGCAAAUUCGAACGGGCUUUUUGUCAACUUUUUAGCCUGCUUCUUAUAAGCUUUGAAUGGAAAAAUGUAACAAGAUCAAUUAUUUCCGAAAAGAAGGAUUGUUCCAUUUUUGAACUUGUCACUUCUUGCAGGUAGGUUUUUGUACUCGAUUAUUUAUUAUAUUACUACGUUUUCUUUAACUCAUCGAAGGAUUACCCACUUCUCACAAAGUGAAUUUGGAAAAAAGAGGAGAGCAAUAAAAUUCACAUUGGUUUUGACGUUGCGCAUUCAUUCGAAACUGUAGAUAAACCGGUUAGAAGACUGCCAAAACAUCUGUCUCUUUAGUCAGCGGCUCGCUUUUUGUUCAGCUCAUGCGUCUGUAAUUUUGUUACGUGUUCUUGCGGAUUGGUCAAUCACCCGACCGGCGGCUGACCUGCCUGACAUACGGAUGAGCGAGACUGCAAAAACACUUAAGGAGAGCUCCUCGGAGUAGGAUCAUCCGUGGGCUCCUGACACAGCUGUUGUACAGUAGCGACCUCGGGAGGAUUUGGUCUGACCUUUCGAACCUCUUCAGAGGGAUUGAAACUUUUUUAUAAACAUUAUUUUAAAAUUUUGGACCAAAGUAAUGAAAAGAUAAUCCCUCCAAAUCAAAGAAAAAACUUGCAAAAAACCGUUUUCUGCCUUUUUUUUGAAAAACUUAAAGAGUGAAAGAUUUUUGUUAGUUUUAGCUAUUUCUUCUUGACGAGAAAACUUGAUUUUAUUACCUUUAGACCGUUUUUUUUAAAGUUUGCUCAGAGUUUUUUGCAUUUUUGCUCUUUAACCCAGCUGAAACAGAGAGAGAGGGUUGUUUUAAAGUGUCUCCAGUCUAGUUCACAUAACUUAUACCUUCAGAAAAAAGGAACUUCGAUUGUUUCACCAAAAAGAAGUGAUGAAGGUUCUGAUUCCAGUAUGAGAAUUCUUCGCAAAUUUUUGUAAUUUUCGAGAUAACGCUUUUUUCGUAAAAUAGAAAUUUCGAAUUUCUUUCUCCUCGUAUGAGUCUCAAAUCUUUUCGACGGAAAAAAGAGACCAGAAAAACAUCUCCAAAAAGUUUCUGUUACUGUCUUGACCUUGAGCUGGCGGGUCGCGUCUGGUGGCCCAACGGCUGCCAUCUGGAUACCACGGUGCCAAACAUACUCCUCUCUCGAGAUCCCACUUGUCUCUGUGUGUUUCUCCGAUUAUUCAUGGGUUAGUCCAAUUAGAGACACGCAAGGAAUCAUCUUUUGGUGUUAAUUGUGCGCUCCGCUUGCAAUUUGAUGAGCCAGCAUUAUACAUGCCAAAUGGCCAAACCAGCCGUGAAAAUCGCAAAUAAUAAUAAGGGUCGCUCAUAAAUUUCUUCUUCCUUAAUUGGCUUAGCUGAAUUGGUGAGAAUUGCAGAUUCGCCGAUUACGAUUCCGAGGGCUCGUCUGGUGGAUCCAAAUGCUCCGCCGACCAUCUUGGCUCCUCAUCCCCCACCGCCGUCUUACGAACAAAGCGCUGUUAUUGAGGAAACUAGAAUUCGAAGGUGAAAUCUUGAUCGUGCUUGUUAUACUUCGAAAAGGUCGAAAACCACUAAACAGAAAAAACAGAAGGUUUAGACGGAACUUUAGGAACUACAAUGAGAAUCAAACUCAAUGGAAGAAAAAAUUGAAUUUCUUCUUUUUCACUUCAAAAAUAUUCUUCCAGCUGCAGCAACGCUCCACCAGCCUACAACGAAGUAGUCCGCGCAACGUGGAUGGCGACUUUCUCCCCACCGCCUUUCUACCGACCUCCCAACGUCCACAGAGCCAUCGAAGUUCCAUUCUCUCCAACAUCCCGUCGACUCGCUCGAGUGGCAACCACCAGACCGAUAUCAAGCGCUACAGUCUACACGACUCCGUCUACCGUCGCACCUCAACCGACGACGUCUCGCGAAGCUGAAUCCGAACAACGACGGAGGCUUCGUUCCCGUUCUGCUGCCGGCUCUUCGCAAUCUUCCAUUACCAUUUCUGCUCCACAAAGGUGAGCCGUAAUUUAUAUAUCCUUCAAAAAUUCACAGGAAAAUAUUCAGUUCAAAAUUUAUGAGUCAUGGUCCUGUCUUAUUCAUUCUUUCUAACCACAUUGCCGAAGAUGCAAAAGAAAAGAUCAGGGUCAGAAUUUGAAUACAAUCAUAAGAAAAAGAAGAAUCCAAGAAAUUUCAUAUAAUUGUAAAUAGAAGGCAAAAGUUUACUAAUAUCACUUCCGAAAGUAGCGGUUUUGAUUUGCGAUCCCGAAAGAAAUCACUAUUCGGGGGUUCCUGUGAACGUUUUUUAACCAAAUAAAGCCAAAAAAAUUUUCAGAUCUGCAAACACGUCACUAGCCCAAGUGAUCAUCGACUGUUCAAAGGCAGAGCCGAGCAUGUUCCAGAUCAGCACGGGAGAAUCUGUUAUAUAG